UCCAGCGAACAAGGACCUCCGACAUCCUUCUCCCGUCCACCAUCAUGACCUUUCGGAGCGCUUGAACUUAGGUUCAAUUUAGGGGGUUGAGUACUCCCCCAAGUAUGCAGGAGUGUUGAUUUUUUAGUGAUAAAAAUUAUUGUGAUAAUCAUACAAUCAUGAAGCUAGAGUGGAUGAUUUUCGUACUGUACCUUUUUUGUGUUUUGGACUUUUGUUUGUGUAAUCCGGAUGCCAAAAGACUGUAUGAUGACCUUUUGAGUAAUUAUAACAGGCUGAUAAGACCUGUCAGUAACAAUACGGACACGGUUUUGGUUAAAUUAGGACUUAGGUUGUCUCAGCUUAUUGAAUUGAAUCUUAAAGAUCAAAUUCUUACAACAAACGUCUGGUUAGAGCAUGAAUGGCAGGAUCACAAAUUUAUGUGGGAUCCUCAAGAAUAUGGAGGAGUAACUGAAUUGUACGUACCAUCUGAACAUAUUUGGUUGCCGGAUAUAGUGCUUUAUAACAAUGCUGAUGGGGAAUACGUGGUUACUACGAUGACGAAAGCGGUACUGAGGCAUACUGGUAAAGUACUUUGGACACCUCCAGCUAUCUUUAAAUCUUCCUGCGAAAUAGAUGUGAGAUAUUUCCCAUUCGAUCAACAGACUUGCUUCAUGAAAUUUGGAUCAUGGACCUAUGACGGAAAUCAAAUUGAUCUAAAACACAUUAACCAAAAACUCGGUGAGGAUAAAGUUGAAGUAGGUAUCGACUUACGGGAAUAUUAUCCCAGCGUAGAAUGGGAUAUUCUUGGAGUACCGGCGGAGAGACACGAAAGAUAUUAUCCAUGCUGUGCUGAACCGUAUCCUGAUAUAUUCUUCAACAUAACUUUAAGAAGAAAAACUCUAUUCUACACAGUCAACCUUAUAGUACCGUGCGUGGGAAUCUCUUAUCUCUCAGUGCUGGUGUUCUAUCUACCUGCAGACUCGGGCGAAAAAAUUGCUCUCUGUAUCAAUAUCCUCCUCUCCCAAACCAUGUUUUUCCUGCUUAUCUCCGAAAUCAUCCCCUCAACAUCCCUCGCCCUCCCACUUUUAGGUAAAUACAUCCUCUUUACAAUGGUAAUGGUAGGCUUCUCGGUAGUCAUCACCAUUAUUAUCCUAAACGUACACUAUCGCAAACCCAGCACACAUAGGAUGGCGCCUUGGGUACGAAGUUUCUUCAUCAAGAGCGUACCGAAGUUACUAUUGAUGAGAGUACCGAAAGAUCUGUUGACAGAACUAGCCGCAAACAAGAUUCCACUGAACAGAAUGUCACUUAAAAAGAGAGAACUGGAUAUAAUGCCUUCGAGUAGGUCAUCGUCGUCCAGUACUUCUAGUUCUUCGAUGAAUAGAGUUAGUGGAUGUAAUGGACUUCAUUCCAGUACGACUACAGCCAGGUUGCGAGGUUUUGCAGGUACUUUAAGCGAACGCCUUGGUUACAAUGGUCUGCCUUCCGUAUUUUCAGGUUUGGAUGAAAGCGAUUCCGGGACUCGUAAAAAAUAUCCAUUUGAACUGGAAAAAGCAAUUCACAAUGUAAUGUUUAUCCAACACCAUAUCCAAAGGCAGGAUCAGUUUAACGCAGAAGACCAAGACUGGGGCUUCGUCGCCAUGGUCCUCGACAGACUGUUCCUCUGGAUAUUCAUAAUAGCUUCUAUAGCUGGCACCAUUUCUAUAUUAUGUGAAGCUCCUGCGCUAUACGACGACACGAAGCCCAUCGAUAUGGAGCUCUCAUCUGUAGCGCAGCAGCAGUUCCUGCCCGAUUUCGAAAAUAUGCAAUAACUAUCCUCGUCUAACUAUUAGAGCCGUAUGUUCUCGAUAAGUUCUGUUAUUUAAAGUUCGUCUUUGGUCCUUAAGAUUAAUUUGAAGUCUUUUAUAAUUUUAUCGCAAAAAUUUUUAUUUCAAAAAAAGAAAAACGCAAGAGAAUGCGGCGACUACCGCACCAUUAGCUUGAGGUCCCAUGUGCUACAGUUGCUACUGAAAGUCAUCUAUAACCGAAUGUAUCAUAAACGGGACAUAGACAUUAAUGGACAUUAAUGAUACGCAAUUAAAGAGGUGGCUUCCAAAAGGGCUUAAGUCAUUUUUUUCACAUUUUGAGGUUUUAGGUGGAUCUGAUUCUAGAGUAUCAUUUCUAACAUUAGAAAAACAAUUCAUGUCAUAACAGCUUAAGGCCCGGUACUUUAUGUCUCGAUUAACAGCCGCGGCUAGCCGGUUAGUUAACCGAUCUCUUUAGGGUCUCUUGCGUUGUAAUAAAUGCAAUUAUAAUUAUUAUUAUAAUUAAAAAUAAGUAUAAUUAAAAAUAAGUAUAAUAAUAAUUAUAAUUGCAUUUAUUACAACGUAAGAGACCCUAAAGAGUUCCAGAUUAAACCCCGGUUAAAUAACCGGUUGUUAAUCGAGACAUAAAGUACCGGGCCUAAGUCAAGUAUACUAUACAGAUUACACAAGAUUAUUAAAGAUUUACAGAUAUAUUAUUACAGAUUAUUUGGAUUUUACAAAGGACUAGUAACUCGUGAAGCUCAUUUUUCACUUAACAUACUUAACAUACAAUGGUGCUUGGACGUCAAUCAAGAUAUAUACGGGUUACGCAAUUGAACUGUUACGAACUUCACAUCGAUACAUCUGGCAAAUCGAUAAUGACAGCUACGUCAAAGUUGGCCUGAUAACACUUGCAUCUAAGUUUUAUACAUAUAACAAAAGUUAUUCGCAAUGGAAUUUAAACGUAAUAGUGUGAUUGCGUUAUAUUUGGCUGGAAUGUCACAACCAGCUAUUAUUGUUUAUCAGCUCAAACACCUCAAAGUGAAUGUAUCGCACCAUAACUCGUUAUAAUGAUACUGGUAGCAUUACCAAACGCUAUGGUGGUGGACGAAAAAAAUCAGCAACAUCACCUGAAAUGGUUCGGAAAGUGAAGGCUCGACUUCAGCGAAAUCCACGUCGUAGUGGUAAUCAAAUGGCCAAAGAACUGAAAAUAUCCCAGCCAAGCAUGCAACGAAUAUUGAAAAAGGAGCUCAAUGUCAAGCCUUACAAGAUCCAAAAAGCACACAAUCUUAAACCAAAGCAAAAAAAAAAGUUCGGCUUGAAAGAGCAAAGGAAUUGUUACGCCUGCACGGACGUGGCGAAUUUUCAAACAUAGUGUUCUCUGAUGAGAAAAAUUUCCCUAUUGAGCGGUUCAAAAACUCUCAAAAUGAUCGUGUUUACUUGACCGAACGCACCUACGAAAGUUUGAGCCUACGAACGGCCACCUGGAGUAAUUUCCCAUGUCAAGUAAUGGUAUGGGCAGCUGUAACCGCCGAUGGACGCUAUCCAAUCAUUUUUAUUGAAUCUGGUGUCAAAGUCAAUGCAACUUAUUAUCGGGAAAAUGUUUUAGAAGCUGCUUUAGAGCCGUGGGCACGCAAACAUUUCGGUUGAAGACCAUGGACGUUCCAGCAAGACUCGGCACCGUCUCAUAAAGCUAUUGUGAACCAAGAAUGUUUCAAAAACCAUGUUCCACACUUCAUUUCAUCCACACAAUGGCUUUCGAAUUCGCCAGAUGCAAAUACGAUGGAUUAUUCCAUCUGGUCCAUUUUGGAGAGCAAGAUGAGGACUAAAAAAUAUGCCAGUAUGGAUGCGCUGAAGAGAGCAAUUAUAAGUGAAUGGGCCAAAAUACCGGAAGAUCACAUUCGUGCAGCAUGCAACUCGUUUUGUGAUCGUUUGAAGGCCAUAGUCAAGGCAAAAGGUGGCCACAUCCAGUUAAAGUGAGUGGAUUCUGAAAUUUUGAUUAUUUUCACACAUUUUUGUCAUUUGAAUCAAUAAAAAAUAAUUUCACACAAAAAAUUAUGGUCGUUUGAAUAGGUAACAGUUCAAUUGUGUAAACCUUACUAUAUGCGUGUUUUAUUGACUAUAAUAAAGCAUUCGACAAAGUACGACAUGAACAAAUUAAUGCAUGUCUUGGAAUCAAAGAUGAUAGACUUCAGGAUUAUAUCGAAUUUAUACUAUAAGCAACGAGCAAAAGUGCGUGUUAACGAUCAGCUGUCAGAGGAAAUUGAAAUCAGUCGUGGAGUGAGAAAGGGAUGCGUGUUGUCUUGUUGUCGAAAAAAAGCUCUUGAGAGUGAAACAGCUGGAAUAAAGGUAAAUGGAGUUCCCAUUAACAACAUUAGAUAUGCGGAUGACAUUGUCAUCUUAGCUGAAAAUAUUGGGGAUCUUCAGAGGCUGUUGACCAGAAUAGCGAAGUUUGGACAAGAAUAUGAUCUAACAAUGAACGUCAAGAAGACAAAGUUUAUGAGAAUAUCGAAAACUCAAAGAAAAAAUGAGCAUCUCUUCAUAAACGGAUCCAAUAUCGAACGAGUCGAACAAUAUCAUACCUUGGAACAAUGAUCAACUCCACAGGAGAUUAGGUACUUACAAGAAAUCAAAAUAAGAAUAGAAAAGGCUAGAUAAAAUUUUAACAAAAUGAGAAAAGUCCUCUGCACAAGAGAUUUGAAGUUGGAGCUAAGAGUUAGGUUGAUUAGGUGCUACGUUUUCUUGACUUUGUUUUAUGGAAUGGAAACUUGGACCUUGAAUACUACAUCAAUGAAAAAACUAGAAUCAUUCGAGCUGUGGGUAUACAGAAGAAUUCUGAAAAUAUCGUGGACAAAACAAAAAGGUUCUCAGAAAGAUUAAUAAAGAAAUGGAAAUCUUAAAUAUCAUCAAAACAAGAAAAUUGGAAUAUCUCGGACAUAUUACACAUUGAGAGAGAUACAACUUGCUCCAAUUGAUUUUGCAAGGAAAUAUUCAAUUAAAAAGAAGCAUAUGGAGACGCAGAAUAUCGUGGCUGCGCUACCUGAGAGAAUGGUACUGAUGUACAUCAAAUCAACUUUUCAGAGCAGCCUUCUCUAAAAUCCGAAUAGCUAUGAUGAUUACCGACCUCCGUCGCGGAGAUGUCACUUAAAGAAGAUAAUUUUAUCAAACACUAUAUAGAGACUAACAAAAAGAUUUUUUCGCCGCAUUUAUAGACUAUGAAAAAUUUUUCGACAAAGUUAAACAUAACACUCUCAUGGAAUGUCUAAAGCGAAAAGGACUCAACAAAGAUGAUAUUAACAUAGUGAGAAAUCUCUAUCGGAACGAACAGGCUGUGGUAACAUUAGUUGCAACUAGCACAGAUGUGCAACAGGUAAAAAUAGAGAAGUGAGACAAGGCUGUAUACUUUCACCAUUACUAUUUAAUAUACUUCGCAGAGUUAUUUACACAAGGACUUGAAAACUGUACAGUAGGGAUCAAGAUAAAUGGUGAAAAUAUAAAUAUGGCAAGAAAAAUGGCAUAAUGUUCGUUAUGCCGAUGACGCAGUUAUUAUCGCUGAAAGUGAGAACGAGGGCCAAAGUCAUAACAACGAUCCAGUUAAAAAAUGAAGAUAUUGAACAAGUGGACAAAAUUAAAUACUUAUUAGUCUAGGUUACUGCAGAUCUAAAUCCGAAAUCAGAAAUUCGGUCAUGAAUAGAGCAAUCAAGAGCAGCAGCCUUUUUGAAUUUUGAGGAUGAGGAAAUUUCUGAGUAACCAAACACUCAAUCUGCAAAUCCCAUAUAGGAUGGUAAAAUGCUGUAUCCAUUCUAUUCUUUAUGGUACCGAUGCUUGGACUGUUAAUGUUGACUUAAUGAGAGCAGACACUUUUGAGAUGUGGAUUAAUUUUAGGAGAAUUUUGAAAAUACCAUGGACCGAUCAUAUUGUGAACGAAAUGGUGUUGCACAGAAUAGGACGAGACGAAAAACUUUUUGACCACCUUUGAAAUGAAAAAGCAUAUUUUAGGAACAUACUUAGCAAUUAUAAGUAUUAAUUGUUGCAGCUGAUUAUUAAGGGUAAAAUCGAAGGAAACCUGGUAAAGGACAAAUGUCCUGACUGAAAAACAUUCGCAACUGGACCGGGUUAAACACACAGACGCUUUUAAAAAAAGCAGAAGAUAGAAACGAAUUGAAUCGGUGAGGUCUAAAAGGAUAAUAUUACAUUAUUAGUUAAUAUAGUUAAAAUAGCAGUUUUGUUUACUUGACCAAUCUCUACAGACUUAGUCAAAGAGAGAUAUCAUUACGUCACAUUAAAUAGCUAAAUAGUGCGAUAAAAUGUACUCUUGGUCUGUAGAGCUUGGUCAAAUGAACAAAACUGCUAUCUUAACUAAAUUUGGCAAAAAAUGGAAUAUUAUCCUUUUCAGCCAACCUUCAUUAUUGGAGUCGGUAUUAACUAUAACUAACUAUUCAGCUUAGACUUACCUAGUUUCUUUACUUUCGUCGCUAAUAUUUUAUCGUCCUUAAUGAAUCUACACCGUAAUUAUCCUCGAUUUUCUUUGUAGAAUAUAAAUCUCUAUUCAUUAGUCUUAACUAUUAACCAGGCGUUUUUUUAAUAACAAACUUAUUGAGAACUAAAAUUAUAGUACUCAUCGUAUUUACGAGUUGAACUAAGUCUGUAAUAAUGUGAUGAAAUAUUGACGAAUAUUGUUACAUAAAUUCUUAAUAAAGAUAAUAAAGGAAAUACCAUCAUCACCAUCUCUUAACCAAAAUUUAUGUGUAUGCCUGUCAGUUGAAAAGGGUGUUCCAUUUAAGAGAAAAUACUCACUCCGAGUUUCGACCAACCCUGUAUACUAAAAUUCAAGAUCCUAAUAAUUUUUAACAAUAGUAGACUAUAUUAAAAAUCAUUUGAACAUAAAUAGAGAUUUUCUUCUCAACCUACUACAAUUCUACAGAGUGUGAAAAUUGCUACGAAAUUAAUAAAAAAAACAUAACUACCUUUUAAACCGCCCUGUAUAACAUUUCAAAAUGUUAUAUUUUAAGAAAGGGUACAUCGAGGAGAAUCCAAAAAUGUAAAAAAAUACAGGGUGUCCCAUUUAAAAAAAUGAAAUUAUAAGCAACUUCCGGUAUAACCAGAAGUAGAAAAUAGAUGAAAAUAUUUUCAAUAAAUAGAUCAUUCUUCAAAACUCCUUCAUUCCAAUUUUCAUGAUUCUGUUGCCUUUAGUUCUGGAGAUAUUUUUAAUAGGCCAUUAAUCUGCCUCACCCUAUAUAUUUUUCUUUUAGUUUUUCUUAAUGGAGAUGCCUUCCACUUCCAUAAAAACAAUCCAAUACAUAGCAAUAAAUUAUAUUAGAGUAUUAGUGGACCAUGAUCAUUUCUAAAUAGUAUUAAAAACGUGUAAAAUUUAACUUAGGUUCAGGAAAUUUUGUCAAUAUUUCUUCAAUAAAAUGUAUUAAUUCUAAAUGAAUAAUAAUCAUUUUUCUGAUUAUUAACUGUUUAAUAAAUAAACAUUAUUAAGUUUAAUAA